GUGUUAGUACAGGGUACAGUGGAAUACGGAGAACACUUGUUCGGCAAUUCGAAACAUUUAUAAGUUGAAAUGAGGACAUGUCUGAGUUUGGUAGUGCUUUUGGUGUUUGGUACAAGUUUAGCUCUACCAGUAGAUCUAGUAAGCGAAGAAGAUCCCGAACUAACUGCUGGCUAUUUCGAAGGUGAUAUUGUGUUGGAUGUAGCGCCGCGUAAUGGCAUGCACAAUACAAGUCUUCAUUGGCCCAACGGUAUUGUGUAUUAUAAAAUUUGGGAAGGAUUUUUCGAUCAAGUACAAGAAACUAUUAUUAAAGGCGCCAUGAAAUUUAUAGAAGAUGUGUCAUGCAUUCGUUUCUUAGUGGCCGACGAUGACCAGCCAUAUUUCGUCAAUAUAACAGGCAAUCCUGGCGGCUGUUACUCGUAUCUUGGCUUUGCUGGCGACAUUCAAAAAUAUAAUUUAGAACCGUUUCCCAUAAAUGAGGGUUGCUUCCGUAUCGGCACCAUUAUGCACGAAAUGUUACACACUCUCGGUUUCUAUCACAUGCACAGCACUUUUAAUCGGGACGAGUAUGUUCAGAUACUCUUCGAAAAUGUUAAACCGUCACAUCUGCAAAAUUUUAAUAAAUAUGACAAAGACAUGAUUGAGGAUUUUGGAGAAGCGUACGAUUACGGCAGUAUUUUGCAUUAUUCGCCGCUUGCUUUCUCCGCAAAUGGCGAAAAGACUAUAGAGCCGUUGCAGGAAGUAGCUGAGGGCAUAAUGGGUCAGCGUGUGACUUUAAGUGAAGGUGAUAUAAGCAAGUUGAAUAAGAUGUAUAACUGUGCUGAGAAAGAUUAAAACGCGAAUGAGGGUCCAUUGAAAACUAAAUUAAUCGGGGUGAUGGGUGAUUUAAAUAAUAAUUACAUAAGUAUGUAUAUGUUAUAAGUAUAAAGUUUUAUUAUAUUACGCCAUAUUAGCAAUA